AUGGAAUCCGUGAAAUAUGAUGCAGGUAUGAGUGACAGAAGCAGUAUUGCAGAUGUUAAUUGCGGACAAUUGGAAAGGUUUGUUUUCUUUGAAUAUUCUGUAACUCGAAUCUUGAGAUGUUGCAAGUCACUAUAUCUGGAAAUAUCAAGUGAACCUAUAGGUAGAAUAUUCAGUGCUCUUACAUCAUCUAGGAAUUUCUGGAUGAAGAAUAAAGACUUUCAAUGCUUCAGGAAGAGACGCCAUGAUUCGAAGCCCACAUAUGCUAGGUCACGCCCUGGAGUUCUUGACCAGAAUGACCUACAACCAGUUGUUCAUCAAAAAAUAUUAGCCAUGUAA